AGGCCCUUGACCACCACCACCACCACCACUGCCAAGGGCGCAACUGAAGCGACCCAGGCUCUAUACCUGCAGUACACUGAAAACAUCACCGCGGCCCGGGAGGCCUUUGACAGCUGUCACAUGGUGACGCACUCCGUUUGGUAUGCCUUGAUGCUCCUCAACCAGGAGGAUACUCUCAACCUGGAUGGUUCGACGGAUGGUGGUUGCGCCACGGUGGCGCCCCUCGACAAGGAUGACAAGUAUGGAACCUGCCCCACCACGGCCACUGCCACUACGAACUGCGCAAGCUUCUUCGAGCCCAGUGCGAGCGUGUCCACUUCGAUGCUGCUGACCAUCGUUGGCAGCACUGGGGCAGUGAUCGCUGUGUGCGCCGUGCUGGGCAUCAUAGCCGUGAGGCACAUCCAGAAGAACGCGAUGGAGGAUAUGUCCAUUUCUUCUUCAGAUCACGCCCCGCCCUCUGGCUUCAUCGCGCGGUUCCUCAGGAACUGCGGCAUCUACGUGGGCGCGCGGGGCAGGGACCGCGCCAAGGAGGCCCGGAUCCGCGCCAAGAAGGCCCGGGACAAGCGGAGGAACCGGAACUAUCAGGAGAAGUCCAACCUUCUUCCGGACAGUGGAGGUGCGGCAACUGUAACUCCCGUGACUGCUGUGCCUGCCGUGCCUGCCGUGACUGCCGUGACUGCGGCGGUCACCGUGGGGAAGCAAGAGGGCGAGGAUGGAUCGCAAGUUGAUUUGGAGGAUGCGGAGGAGAGCGAGAAGAAGCACAAGAAGGAGAAGAAGGAAAAGAAGGAGAAGAAGUCCAAGAGGCAGAGCGAUGAGGACGCAGGAGAUAUCCUGGAGGCUGUCUCUGUGCGCGUGGUCAAGGAGGAGGAGCUGACCGCUCGAGAGCCGGACGGCGACGACCUUUUGGGGUCCAAUGUCGUGGAGAAAGAGAAGAAGCAAAGAAGGAGGAAGCGCGAGGGCCGAGAAACGGAAUGAUGCAGGAUGCCUCAUGGGACUUCGACGUGAGAGCGUAAGCUCCUUGUUGGAGCUUGGAAUUGGCUCGGGAUGUUCGACCCAUUGAGAAAGUGGGUUGCA